CGGACGUUUAUGUAUAAGGUCAUCUUGUAUAGAAAAAUAUCGAAACUAAUAUAAGUUAUCCGCGAUAUCCCGUUGUAAAAACAAAGUUUCUAUUUCAGUCUUAAUUUGAAUAAAUUAAUUAUAAGUUAUGAGAAGAAUUUUUCAGAUUUUAAUAAAUGUAUUAAUUUUGACUACUAGUCUAAAGUACACUUUUGCAGCAAUACCAAUUACAAGUUGCCGUACACCAGAUCCAGAAAAUGAAAUUGGAUGGUGUGUACCAACAGAGCAAUGCAAAAUUUUGGACGAUAUUAAAGAUAUUCCACUUGAAGUAUUUGACUUUAAAUACCAAACGUUUAUAGAAAAUUCAAAAUGUCUUAGUAAAAUAGAAGAGCGUUUUUGUUGUGCAAUAGAUCAUAUCAAUCCUGAAUUUGCCAGUAGUAAUGAUUUAAUUAAUAAGGCGAGAAUUGAUGAUGUAGAAAUAACUGAAAGUCUUCAAAAUUCUACUAGUAUUAAAAUACCAAGAAUUCCUAAUAUUAAUCGAGAAGAUAUAUUAGACAUUGACACUCAUCCAAAUUUAAAUUUAUUACCGGAUGAUUGUGGAUCAACGAAAGAUGCAAAAAAAGUAGGACAUGGAAACACAACAGGACUAAGAGAAUUUCCAUUUAUGGUUCGCUUACAAUAUGAUAGAAAUAUGCCGGCAUUUCGUUGCGGUGGGACACUAAUUAAUGAAAAAUAUAUUCUAACUGCUGCCCAUUGUGUACGCGGUGAUUUGUUUAGUGUUCGUCUUGGUGAAUAUAAUGCAAAAAUGGAAAUCGAUUGCAUUCCAGAUGAAAAUAAAGAAGAUGGAUUAGAUUGCAAUGAUCGGUUUCAAGAUAUUCCAAUUGAAAGUAAAACUGUACACGAUAGCUUCGAUAAAUUCCAAGCAGUACACGAUAUUGCAUUAUUACGCUUAAUACGUCCAGCAAAUAUGAAAAAAAACAACGUCAAACCUAUUUGCUUACCGAUAAAUUCUGUAUUAAGAAACAAAAAUUCCAAAAUAGGAUUGCUAACUGGCUGGGGAACCACAGAAAAUGGUAACGUGUCCGAUAUUUUACUAAAAGCUUUGCUAUAUAUAAACGCAGAAAGGCAAAAAUGUCAAGAUUACUAUAACAAAAUUCAUGCUGUUAAUGUAACUGAUCGAAUAAUAUGUGCAAUAGGCAAAGAAAAAGAAGACAGUUGCAAAGGUGAUUCCGGUGGACCCCUAUUUGAGUAUGCACAAAUUACAAUUGGAGAAACUAAAAAAUAUCUUCAAAUUGGAAUAGUUGGAUCGGGCCCACAGAUUAAAUGUGGUAAUUCAACUGAAAAUGGUGGAUCACUUUAUAUUAAUGUUGCCAGAUAUAUGAAAUGGAUUUUAGAUAAUAUAAAACCAUGACAGUUUUAUA